GUGUGUGUGUGUGUGAAUAAUAUGCCGGACAGCCUCAGUAUGUGCCCGGUGCAGCCUCAGUGUGGCGCACCACAUAUGGCUCGACAAUCGAUUAGCCGCUUUUCGACCUCCGCUCCUGUUUUUUUUGCAUAAUGUAAUGUCCCGUUGCGACUCGGUCGUGUCUCUUCUCAGUGAAUUCUCCAGACAGCAUCGAAGAACACCCUGCCCGAUCAUCAGUCAGGAUCCCUUCAAGCCUCUUCGAGUCAGAGGUGGAAGAACAUGGGGACCAGGAGGGUGCUGGUGACCGGGUGCUCCUCAGGAAUCGGCUUGGCUGUGGCCACACGGCUGGCCAAGGAUGAGCUUAGACGGUUUAAAGUGGUUGCCACAAUGAGGGACCUUGGAAAACGGGGGCCCUUGGAGAAGGCAGCAGGUGACUCCUUGGAUAAAACUCUGGAAAUCAAAGAGCUGGACGCUUGUUGUGAAGACUCCAUCAAAGAGUGCAUCGACAGCCUGCCGAACAGACGCGUGGAUGUUCUGGUGAACAACGCUGGCGUCGGCAUGAUUGGGCCGCUUGAGUGCCAGAGUAUCACUGCCAUGAAGGAGCUCUUUGAUACAAACUUCUUUGGUCUGGCACGGCUGGUAAAAGAGGUGCUGCCUGACAUGAAGAAGCGGCAGAGUGGCCAUAUCGUGGUGAUGAGCAGCGUCAUGGGAAUACAGGGACUCCUCUUCAAUGACGUCUACGCUGCCUCCAAAUUCGCCGUGGAGGGAUUCUGCGAGAGUCUGGCAGUGCAAGCAAUGAAGUUUAACAUCAAGACGACUCUUGUUGAGCCCGGCCCUGUGGUGACAGAGUUUGAAAGGAAGGUGUACGAAGAGGCUGAGAAGAUGGAUCUGUCGGGGGCCGAUGAAGAGACUGCCAAGAUCUUCCGAGAGCUCUACCUGCCAUACUCCAAGAAGAUCUUCAACUCGUUAGGCCAGACACCAGAGGAAGUGGCUGAGCAAACAUUUAAAGUCAUCACCGCCAAGGAGCCUCCUUUGCGCCACCAGACCAACCGCCUGUACAUGCCCAUGACUGCCCUGAAACAUGCCGAUCCGACUGGCCGGCUGCCCCUCGACGCUUUUUAUAAGAUGAUCUUUAAACACGACAGGGUGUUCAACGCUACUCUUGGGGUCCUAAACAUGCUCCAGAGGAGGGCAGGGAAGAAAUGACCACAUGAAAUGUUUUUCCCGAUGGGAUGUAGUGCCUACCCUCCAGGUGAAGCUUCCUUGUGUAUAGAAUUGUACGGGACAGUAGUAAUUUUAUUCAUGGAAUAGUAACUCCAAAAGCAAUGCUUAUUCUUGAUUUACUGUGAAUGGACUUUCUUGCUUGUCGUACAUUCAUUUCUCAUUUAAGUUUGCGUGAUUUGCUCUUAAGAAAACAGGAACAAGAUCAUUAAAAAACAUAAAACUAGUGAUUUAUACUUUUGGUAAGCAGAAGGGGAAUCAAUUGAAGUGGUAAUACACUUUAUCUCAAAACACAUUCUCAAUAUAAGUAUUUAUUGUUUGAGUUUUAUCUGUGCUGCAGUGGACACCCAGAUGACAACACGUGGCGUCUUGUACCUCUCCUCUCGUCUUGCUGUAGCUAAUUCAACGCUACCUGUCUUCCAUUUCUGUCUGUCUCUCAGUUUAUAGCUCUUCCUGAGUGAAAAGUUGAACAUUCUCCUGACCUUGUAAAGUAUAUAGGAUUUAAUAAAGGCACUUUGUGUUCUAUAACAAGAUUA